AUGCGCUCGGCGCGCGUCGAGCGCGCGCGCGCGCGCGCGCUCGAGUGCGCGCGCGACGGCGUCUCCGUGCGCGUCGGCGCGUUCGACGCCCACGCCGGGGCGUUUCGGUGCGUCGCGCGCGCGUCGGUGGACGGUGAUGUGAUGUUCACGUUUCGCUCCUACGCCCUCGACACGGGACGCCGCGUGGACGCCGAGAGCGACGGCGUGGGCCUGGACGUCGAGUGUGAUGACGACGACGACGCGCUCGCGUGCGUGAUCGACCACGAGCGGGGGGGGUGCGUGUUUUGGUUUCGAAAGGGGGCGACGGGGACGGCGGCGGCGGCGGCGGCGGCGGACGGCGAGACGGCGGACGGAUGGAUCGCGGAUGUCAUCGGGGACGUCGUGGGAGGAUGCGCGAGCGCGAGCGUGAGCUUGAGUGGUGCGCGCGUGGUGACGGUGUCGAAAGAGGGCGCGGUGACGGUGUUGAAUCAAGAUUUUUAUCCGUUGAGCGAGACGCGAUUGACGCGCGACGGCGGAAUCGUCGGCGCGUCGACGUCUUGGCGCGCGGACGGGCGGUUUUUCGCGGUAUCGUCGACGUGUGAGAAGACGAAAGUGACCACGCUUCGUGUGUUCGACGGUGAGACCGCGGAGUUGGAGAGUGUCGGUGAGGGCGGGGAUCGGGCGACGAGCGGGACGCCGGCGGCGCUCGUCGGCGGCGAUCGAGACGACCCGCCGCCUCUGGCGUGGCAACCGCGUGGGGCGCUCAUCGCGUGCGCUGGGAGAAGUGAGAGUGAUGUGAGCGACAGAGUGAUCUUCUACGAGCGAAACGGUUUGCGUAGAGGAGAUUUCGCGAUUCCGGGUCGCGGGACAGAGAUUUCGCAGUUGGCGUGGAGUUGCGACUCGUCUCGGCUCGCCGUCGUCGUGCGGUACGCCGACGGCGGUGAGCGCGCGCUACAAAUCUGGACGCGGUCGAACAUGCACUGGUAUUUGAAGCACGAGACGAGAUACGACGAGAGCGAAGGCACCGUGCGCUGCGAGUGGGAUCUCGAGAGCGGGGACACUAUUCGAGCGUACACCGAGCGCGGCCUCAUGGAGCGCUUGGAUUUGUUCUGGGAGUCCACCGUGAGCGAUCGCGGGACGUGCGCGGUGAUCGAUGGAGACGCUGUGUUGCUCACACCGAUGUUUCGCGCCCCGAUACCGCCGCCGUUGUGCGCGGCGAAGGUUAUUUUCAACGCUCCGGUUGUCGCCGUGGCGUUUCAGCCGGCGACGUCAUCCGUCGAACGCUUCGUUGCUCUGUUGUCAACGGGCGAGCUCGCACAGGCGUCGAGCGUUCAGGGGGCGGAUUGGGAACGCACCGCAGAUGUGUUCGCCGACUCCGAGCGCGCCGCUUCGUGGGAUAGGUGGACCGAUAACGAAAUUCCAGCUGAGACACUCCGAAGCGCAACCGGCGCGUCUUCUGGCGUCGUCGUCGAGCACGUGGCUUUCGUCGGUGACGCGCACGUGGCUGUCUCGUGUACAAUAGACGUAGACGUACACGAAAUACGACUCAUGCCCGCGGACGUCGCUAAUGACGCCAACCAGGGCGUGACGAAGCGCGCAACGCGCGAGUCAAUCGGGACGCUCGCGAGCGCCAACGGAGUCGUCUUCGCCUUGGCGCGAGAUUCCGGUGACGUAUACGCAGUCGAUUACAACGACACGGCGAGUGGUGGGGGUGAGGCCUUCGACGACGCUCGACGAAUCGAGCGUUCUUCCACGGUUUCCAAGUCGGACGCGAAGAUUAUCGUCGCGCGUGGACUAGACGCGUGCGAGCGAUACGUCGACGCGCUCGGCGCCGACUCAGAGGAACCUCGAGGGGCGCUCGUCACCCUGGACGCGCGUGGAGUUCUACGAGUUGGUGAUAUACUCGUUGCCGAAAACGUCACGUCGUUCGCGACGCACGUCUUCGGCGCGGAUGGGUGCGCGGUGACGAGCGCAGAGGCGAGCGAGGCGGUGGCCUCGCUGGCUCGAGAUUCAUCACGAUGGGGAGAAGCGGACGACGCCCCGUCGACGCGAUUGGCGUACGUCACUCGAGACCACCGUUUAUAUGUCGCUGAAGUAGACGACCUCAUCGCGAACGGCUCUCGCGAGCGACGCCAGGUUGGGGAUGCGAGCGCGGACGACGCGCACGUGGGUAAUUGGUUGGCGGAGCGAUCCGCCGCGGACGGAGCGCGCAUGGGCGAGAUCGCUUUGCACAGCGAUUUGCACCAGCGAAUGCGACGAGCGAUGCGUCCGGAGGCGGCAAAGAUGGCUGCCGACGCGUCGACACGCGUCGUGGAGGAGGGCGCGAUGAUUGUCGCGUGCGCUCCGGGCGCGACGACCGUCGUCCUGCAAAUGCCGAGAGGAAAUUUGGAAACGGUGGCGCCCAAAGCGUUAGUUUUGCCAGCGUGCGCAUGUUCACUACGCGCCGGUCGAUAUGCUGACGCGUACGCGCUUGCUGCGAAACAACGUGUCGAUCUGAACCUCAUCGUGGAUUACGGCUGGCCAAAGUUCUUGAGCGUCGCGGACGAUUUUGUCGCCGACAUCAAUUCUCCCGAGGCCGUCAUGGAACUCCUGGAGGCUUUGACAGAGAGUGAUGUCACCGCUGAAGGAGGGAUUUACGAAGAACUGGCGCGAUUAUACCCGCCGAGAGCGACUGACGGCGCCGUCGAGACGGCGACCCUCGCGGGUGGAAAAUCUCAAGCCGUGUGCGCGGCGAUACGAAGCGCCAUUGAACGACUCGGCGCCGCCGGUGAUAGAUGGGAACUUGCCGUUCUCACCUCGUACGCCUCUGGAGACGACCCUGAUCUCGGCUCGGCGCUCAAGCGAGUUGCCGUCAUUCGUGAGCGCGAGCUCGCAGAUGCGGCGGCGAACGCCAUGCAGGUUUCUUCCACCAAGUCGCGCCUGACAUCCAUAGACGCGGCGGUGGCACUCAAGCACUUGCUCUUCCUAGUCGGCGCCGAGACCCUCUAUAACGCUGCGCUCGGGACGUACGAUUUGUCCUUGGCGUAUCUCGUGGCGCAGCAUGCGCAGAUGGAUCCUGGUGAAUACGUCGCCGAGCUUGAGACGUUCCAAUCCAUGCGAGAGCACCAGCGACGCGCCUCGAUCGCGUUAAUGUUGGGACGGCACGAGGAGGCAAUCACGGAGUGUUUGCUCGAUGGAGACGUCGACGGGGCGGCUUCGCUCGCGUCGGAUCAGAAGAUGUUCCCAUACGCCCUCGCUGAGGCGCUGCGCUUGCAAAAUGUGGACGCGCGUCGCGCGCUGCUGAUCAAGUUCGCCGAGCAUCUCUCGCGUGGAUCCCGCCACGAGGAUGCCGCCAUCGCUCGUCUUGCCGCGGAAGACGUCCCCGGCGCGCUGGAGUCGUACAGACUCGGCUCGUGCUGGCAACAGGCUCUCACCCUCGCUGGCCGGCUGAAGAUGUCCGCUGCCGAGCGUCGCAACAUCGCCGAAGAGCUGUGCGAGUCACUCGCGAUGACGGAUCCACUCGCAGCCGCGCGCGUCGCAGCGAGGCACCUUCGAGACGCCGAACGCGCCGUCGAGCUCCUGUGCCGGUCGGGCGCGUGGCGAGAAGCGUGCGAGACGGCGUAUUCCGACGACCGCGGCGAUUUGUUGGAAACAACCAUCGCGCCCAUGUGCGCGGGCGCCGCACAGGAGCACUUCGAGUCCUUCAAGGAAAACAAAGCGCGCGCCGAAAAGUACUCGUCACGUCUCAGGGACUUGCGCAAGCAUCGCGCGCGUGCCGAGCAGGCGUUGACUCUAGAGUUCGCCAAUUGGUCCGCGUUGGGCGGAUGCCCGAAUGCCGGAAACGACGGCGACUUCGAAAUGGACGACGCCAUGAGCGAGGCACCGAGUCUGGCUAGCGGCAUGAGCGCCUAUACCGAUCGUACCGGAUUGACGUCGGCGGUGAGCGGUACCUCGGCGGCGUCAACCGUGGGUGGUCGCAAGGCAAAGAGGAAGAAGAAGGACAAAAAGGCCAAGCUCGGGCGAGGCCUGCGCGCGGGUUCGCCCACGGAGGAGCGCGAUUUAGCCCUACACGUCGUCGCUCUAGCGCCGAUGAGUAAAACGCUCGAAGAAAUCGGCGAGUUGCUCGAGAUCUUGGUGCUCUUCGGGCACGAGGACGAUGCGCGCGCGUUACAGCGCGUCGUCGGCGAAUGCGUGGACGCGCACGUCGCCGCGACCAAGGACGCCGAGACGAGCCUCAAGGAACUCAAAGAUAUCGCGUUGCAAAAAAGUGAACCCACGGACGCGUUUGAGCGGAAAGACGCGCUCGGCGACGCCGCGCUCGAGUGGAAGUGGUCGCUCCUGCGCGCGGUGGGGAAGUAG